UCGUGCGACAGGCCGCGGCGCGAGCGGGGCCUCACUCAAGUAGAAAAACGGUCUGACACGAGAUAACGGGUGGGGAGAUAUACGGAGUUACGAGACAGAAGCGUACCGGUUCCCGCAGCGAAGGCCGAGCAGACUAGGACGGCCCGGGGGCUUGAAACGGUGGAGAAGACACAAAAGAUAAAGCCGUGCAUGUGGAGUGCGGUUUGCUGGCAGCCAACAAGCAAGGCUAUCCAUCGUUAGCCGAAGUGGGUUAGCAGGCUAGCCAGCUUUUGUAAUCCGCCGGCCAGACAUACAUUCGUCCACCUCAAACCAGGCCGAAACCGGAUUUCAAGUGAGGCCAUAUAACAAAUCAAAAGACAAGGAAGACAGCGGCGGUGGCAGGAGGCUGGUUCUGGGGGUGAAGCCAAAGGACCAGACUCAAUGAGUUUCCAGCGAAAUGUCAGAGAAGUCAGGGCAGAGCACCAAGGCAAAGGAUGGCAAGACAAAGUAUGCAACCCUUAGCCUCUUCAACACCUACAAAGGCAAAUCUCUGGAAACCCAGAAAACUGCUGUGGCUGCCAGACAUGGGCUCCAGAGUUUGGGCAAAGUUGCUGUCAGCCGGCGUAUGCCGCCUCCAGCCAACCUGCCCAGCCUGAAGGCAGAGAACAAGGGAAACGACCCCAACGUCAACAUUGUCCCCAAAGACGGCAGUGGCUGGGCAUCUCGAGCUGAAACAGGGGAAGAGAGGCAACAGGAGACUCCUCCACCCCAGAACAAACCACCAGUGCUCCAGUCACAAGAGCAUUCUAUCGGGGGCAGUCGCUCUUGGGCAAACAGCAAGCAGACACAACUAGAUGGAACUCCUCGUGUGAGCAGCCAUUUUCACCAGGAGUUUCCCAGCUUGCAGGCAGCUGGUGAAUCGGAAAAGGGGGAUGGUCAAGAGGAAGAGCCUUAUGGACCCGGCCCUAGUCUUAGACCUCAAAAUGUUGGCAGUUGGCGUGAGGGCGGAGGCAGGAAUCUGAACACUGCAUCCAGCCCCUCUGAGAUGGACAACAGGACUCAGGAGGAGGGUAGUACGAGCCUUGGUACCUCCACACCACCUGAGGAAGCUGAUGAUCCUGGUCGAAUUGCAGCCACUGAAGGUCAAAGGGAGAAGAGGGAUGGCAGGGAGAGGUUGGCCCCAUCCGGCCCUCCUCAGCCUAAACUCAAUGGGGGGCAGCAGCCUCCUGCAGGGGUACCAACUCACUUUGACCCUGCUUUCAGAAGCAUGAUGCCACCAUAUAUGUUCCAUGCCUAUCCUCAAAUGUCGUUUGCCCCAGGGCAAGGGAACUUCAGAUACCCUGUACCACAAGACGGGGCAAAGGGUCCUCGUUCGACUCGACCCCAGCAGCCACCCCCUCAGGCCUGGCUCCAAGACCCUGACAGACCCUCCAUCAUUAGUGCAACAGAGCUUAAGGAACUGGACAACUUGGACACUGAUGCUGAUGAGGGCUGGGCAGGAGCUCAGAUGGAGGUGGAUUACACUGAGAAAUUAAACUUCAGUGAUGAUGAGGAGAACCAAGCUGCUAAAGAGAAAGGAGAAAACUGGGAAUGGAUGGGCAAAGUUGAGCGAAUGAGAUCUCGUACAUCAGACAGUCAGGAGGGCUGGAAAGAGGGAUCUGAGGAACGUGGGGGCAGUAAAACCUCCUGGGCUGACAGUGUGGAUCACAGAGCACCAUCACCUGGCAGUGUGGGGCAGUACAAUAAAUCUGCAACUCCACAAGACUACCAGAGUGGCAGUCGUCCUGCAGGCAGCAGUGCUCUUCGUGGGAGUAAACCGCAGGGUACUGGAGCACCUGGUGCUGACGAGGACUCUGACGCAUGGCGACAGAAGCGAAAGAAGCAAUCAGACGUUUCUGAAGCUGUAGAGCGAGCAAGACGGAGGAGAGAAGAAGAGGAACGGCGGAUGGAGGAACAACGACUUGCUGCAUGUGCUGAAAAACUCAAACGUCUCAAUGAAAAACACCGGCAGGCAAAUGAGGGCAAACCUGCUUCUGCUCAGACCACUACUGAAGAAGCAGGAGCUGCUGGGGAGGAAGCCUUAACGGCUUCAGCCCCUGCUCCUGCAUCCAGUCCUGUACCUUCAAUCCCAGUUUCUCAGUCACAGGUCCCAAACUUGCAAGCUCCUCUGUCUGAGAGGGUUGAUCGAGACAGGGAUAGGUUGGAGCUAGAAAGAGUGAGAGUAGAACAAAGUGAUGAUGAUGAGACUCAGUUGCCUCGUCAGCCCAGCCCCCCUGCUCAGAGACCUGUAAGUGUACCACCAGAACCCCAGAGCGAAGGAAAGACCUCCUUGGCUGAAGUUGGGCCUCUGAUGGAGGAGAAACAGACAGAAAGGACAACACCAGUACCGAUUCGUGACUAUUUUAACAUAGACGACAACAGAGCUGAUGAGCCCCAUUUGCCUCUGUCACACAUGGAAACCCCUGGUGGAGAAGAAGUUCCCAUUGCACCUCCACAACUGGAAGGAGAGGCUGCAGCUGCCAUGCGUCCCUCUCUCAUCUCAGGCUAUUCCAAACAGUUUCAGAAGUCUUUGCCACCACGUUUCCUCAGACAACAGGAGCAGAUGAAGCAGCAACAGUGGCAGCAGCAGCAGCAAAGUGGAGGCUCUGUGUCUCCAUCGGGUGGUAGCAGUGUCCCAGCCACCCAACAGCAACAACACCGCUCCAUGUAUCAACCCAUGGGUCCUCACCACCAGCACUUAGCUUCCAUGGGGUUUGACCCCCGCUGGCUCAUGAUGCAGUCCUACAUGGACCCCCGCAUGAUGUCAGGCCGGCCCCCUAUGGACAUGCCAGCUAACAUCCACCCUGGGAGAAUGCCUCCAAAGCAGAUUGUGCGCAGAGAACCAGGUGACAACUCCAGCUCUAGCUCAGAUUCAUUCGAUCAUUUGACCCGACCUAUGCGUGACCAUGGUCUACCACCAGACUCUCGGAUGGUGUGGGGAUCAGACCCUUACCCACAGUCGGAGCCCUUACCAGCUGUAACUCCUCCAAAGGGACGAGAUGAUAGCAAGGAGCAAAGGAUGGACUCUAGUUUGGAUUUGGACAGGGGUCUUCCAGCUAUCUAUACUCAGGACCAUAGUGCAUUGGACUCUCGUAAAAAUAACUUCUUCCGGGACCCUUCAGAGUCCUUGUCAGCCUUUGCACAGGGCCCAGAGGAUGUACCAGGGCCUCUAGAUAGGGUCCCUGUAAGCUCAGCCUUUGAUUCUGAGGAGCCAGGUUUACCUAGUGGGGAGGAAGUAGAAGCCCUUGGUCAAGCCAUGCUCCAGAGAAGUGUCUCACAGGGUUCCAGCCACUCCCUAAAAUUGGAUGAGCCCAGGUUUGAUGGGCUACCGCUGGCAACAAAAUCACUAGAGCUACAGGACACGGGUGAACGGUCUGACGACAAGCCCCAGAAUGAACUCUACUCCCAGGCUGCUGUAACAAGUAACAGAGCUACACCUCCUUCAGAUGGAUUACACAAACAGGAGAAGCUGCCUCUGCCAGCCUCCAGCAAGCAGAAAGCUGAGCUGCGCUGGGGUGGGAGAUCAGGACCUGGACGCAGAGAAGGGCCAGGGGGAGAGAGACCGGUCCGCAGGUCGGGACCAAUAAAGAAACCCGUCCUGAGGGACAUGAAAGAAGAGAGAGAGCAAAGAGAAGAGAGAGAGAAACGUCAUGAGAGAGGAGAACGUGGAGACCGCCCCAAAAAAGAUCAGUCAUCCAAAGCUCCUUCUGCAGCUGCAGCUGUGUCUGAAGGCUCUAGACCUCAGGGUGAGGGGAAGAGAGAAACUACAGAAGCAGAGGAAACACCAGCUGCUCAUCAGAGGGCCAGAGACUCUCAGCCUUCUUCAGGGGUGCCCACCUCUUCCUCCCAGGAGGAGAAAGCAGACAAAGCACCCAAUAACGAGAAGCAUCCAGAACCAAAACUGCCCUCUCGAAAAGAGUCCAAUCUUCCUCCACGUGUUUACAGACGAGAGGAGAGGGAGCGGGAUAGGGAGCGGGAUAGGGAGCGGGAUAGGGAACGGGAUAGGGAAAGGGAUAGGGAGAAGGAACUGGACAAAGACAGAGAGAGAGAGUGGCCCAUUGACUCAAGUUUUAAAGGACGUGGUCGAGGGGAGUAUUAUUCCAGAGGACGGAGCUAUCGAGGAACUUACAGCGGCCGAGGCAGGGGCAGCCGUGGUAGAAGCCGUGCAGAAUACCCUUACCGAGAGCCCCGAUUACGCUCCGAUUUACCCUCUGUUGGACAUGCUGCUGCUUUUCGCAACAGAGAGGAAAGCGAGACACGCAGCGAGAGCUCGGACUUUGAAGUCAUACCAAAACGCAGACGACGCCGUGGCUCCGACACUGACUCUGAAAGUGAAGGUGGGAGGGAGUCUGCCAGUGAUACUGGACCCUCUGACCGUGAGCCUAGCACAAAACCUUGCCGUCCACUUAGAAGAGAGCUCCCUGGUGAGGGCCGUUCUGUGCCCCACAAGCCAGGCUUUGGACCACCUCACAUGGGUGACAAGGUUGGGCCAAGAGGGGAUGAUGAAACCCGGCCCAAACCAGGAUUUCUUCCAAAGGGAGAACCCUCUCGCAGAGGGAGAGGAGGAUUAUACAGUAGACGGGGUGGAGCAAGGGAACGUGGAGGCCCUCGCUCAGCCCCUCUUAGACGACCUUCUGCAAGAGAUUCCUCCUCUCACUGGCCAUCUAAACCAAUGGAGACAUUCAGGCCUGAGGAUGCAGCAUCCACAACAAGAUAUGACAAUCCUUCCACAGAUCGACGGCCCCCUAAAUCAGAUGGCAAGAAGUUUGGAGAAGGGGCUCCUCAGAACAGCAGAGAGAGGCCUCGUCGAUCCAGACCAGCACGGCCACCAAGGCAGGAUAAACCUCCCCGCUUCAGGCGCUUGAAAGAGCGUGAGGCUGCUGUCUUAGCUACUGGAGACACGGCAACAAGUUCCCCUAUUUCUUUACCUUCUGUGCCUGUUGCAGCUGCUCAUAGUUCAGCACUUGCUCCAGUUUCCCUCUCCCCAACCAUGUCUAGAGCUCCAGGAACUCCUCUCUCUGUGCCUACAGAAGUUGCAACAGCUGUACCUGCAACGGAUCAACCCUCUCAUUUAGAAACCUCCUUGACUGAAACCAGUAGUCCCACCAUCACUGCAGUGGGUACCAAGUCCCCUGACUUGUCAAACCAGAACUCCUCAGAUCAAGCCAAUGAGGAGUGGGAAACUGCUUCUGAGAGCAGUGAUUUCAAUGAAAGGAGAGAAAGGGAGGAGAGGAAGGGAGCGCUGGAAGCUGCUAAUGAAGCAGCCACAGCCUUCACCCCAGCACCUGCACCCCCUCAAGGCACUUUGACACCUAACAGAAGCCCACCCGAUGGAGGUAUAACUUCAAAACGUGAAGGAUCUCAAGCAGCCAAGAGGAGUUUCUCAAGUCAGAGACCUACAGAGAGACAGAAUCGUAGAGGCAACAGUGGAGCGAAACCAGGCCGGAGCUACACAGGGGGCAAGGGAGAGAGGAGAGGAGGAGCCAAAGCAAGUCGCAAAGGCCCUGCAGGCCAGCAGAACUCUGAAGCAACAGCACAGGGAACUGGUGGAGCAACCCAGAGACCCACAAAGGAUCAGCCUGCCCGUCGAAAAGAUGAAGCCAAACAGGCCACCAAGAAGCCCAAGGAGAACGCUCUUUCUCAGUUUGAUCUCAACAAUUAUGCAAGUGUUGUGAUUAUUGAUGACCAUCCAGAAGUAACGACUACAGAGGACCCGCAGUCCAGUGCCAACGAUGAUGGCUUUACAGAAGUCGUUUCCCGCAAGCAACAAAAGCGCUUGCAAGAUGAAGAGAAACGGAAAAAAGAAGAGCAGAAUACUCAGAACUGGGGUAAAAAGGGUUCUGGUGAGAAGAGCAGAGGGAGUGGAGGAAAACUCCCACCAAGAUUUGCCAAAAAACAGUCAUCGCAGCAGCAGCAGCAACAACAGGCCUCACAGUCUCAGCCUCCUGUAGCUUCAGCCCCCAGUGCUCAACAGCAACCUCCUGUUUCUGCAGCCCAGCAUACUCACCUUGCUCCCUCCCAGCCUCCUGCGUCUCCUCAAACUCUGGAAGGAACAGUGGCUCCUCUAAACUCCAUUCCCCCUGCUACUGUGGACUUUACCUCAAAGAGCCUACCCUCUGCACCUACGCAGACACACAGUAGUCUAGGUACAGAACUAUGGGAGAACAAGGUAGCAGGCUCCACUGUCCUUCCUGAUGUCAAAAAGCUCGGUCCCAUCAGCCCUCCUCAGCCACCUUCUGUGAGUGCUUGGAACAAACCUCUAACCUCCUUUACUGGCACUGUCACCUCUGAGAGUGUUAAGGCUGGAGCUGAGGGUAGUGUCGAGUUGGGAAUAGACAGUAUUCAGUUUGGAGCGCCAUCCUCAGCAGGCAGCACUGACAGCGAUGGAGGCCUUGUGUUGCUGGAAAGUGGCUCUGAAAACAAACUACCUGCUCCCAAAGAACAGAGACAGAAACAACCUCGAGCUGGUCCAAUCAAAACACCCAAGCUUCCAGAAAUGGAACCAGUGGAACCCAAGGAGUACAAGCCAGGUCCAAUUGGUAAAGAACGCUCGCUAAAAAACCGCAAGGCCAAAGAUGCACGAGGAGCAGAGGCUGAAGGGAUGGAAGGAGGAGUACCUGGAGGAAGUGUCAGCAGAGCCACAGACUCCAGCCCUCCCACAACUGACACCACAGUACCAGAACUUGGAGGGGACAUAGAAGGCAUGAUCACAGUCCCCUCAGCAGGGUACAACAGUAAUUCUAAGGAGUCUGUCACUGAUUACACCACUCCCUCAUCAUCUCUGGCUGACAGUGUUCCUACAGGAGGCAACAAAAUGGAAGAGAGUUUAGUGGCCAAUGUGGCACUACCACAUUCGCUGCCCCUUCCACGCAGAGAGACCCUGCAGCAGAGCUCCAGCCUCAGCACAGUCUCUCCUGCUACUGUUGAUCUAACACUAAAGAUGGAGUCUGCUCGCAAAGCCUGGGAGAACUCUCCGAGUCUGGAGAAGAAUUCGCCAGUCACUUCCUCUUCGUCCCCCAUCACCUCCUGCGCUUCGUCAUAUUCCUCUUUCUCCUCAACCUCCAUGCCCCAGAUCCCUGUGGCUUCUGUAACCCCCAGCACUUCGCUGUCGGCAGGUUCUGGUACCUAUACAACAUCAUCCCUCACCACCAAGACCACUUCAGCCUCUGACCCCCCUAAUAUCUGCAAGGUAAAGCCACAGCAGCUACAAGGUGGAAGCCUGUCUGCCUCCACCAGUAGCAGUAGCAGCAACAGCUUCUCACAGCUCAGCUGUGUGCCUCCCCUCCUGCCCCAGCAGCAGCAAACCCCACAGGUGUACGUCUCCCAGUCUGCAGCAGGUUCUGCAGCUCAGAUUCCAGCUUUCUAUAUGGACACUAGCCACCUCUUCAGUACUCCCCACCCUCGUUUGGCUCCUCCAUCGCUGGCACAGCAGCAAGGCUUCCAGCCUGGCCUCUCACAGCCAACAGCAGUGCAGCAGAUUCCCAUUCCUAUCUAUGCCCCACUGCAAGGCCAGCCUCAGCACCAACACACACACCAGGCUCAGCUUGGACUCAGCACUGGUCCACCGGUCUCACAACCACAGGACCUGUUCAGUUCAUCACUUCAGCCUUAUCGGUCUCAGCAGGCGUUUAUGCAAAGCAACUUGUCACAGCCGUCCAUGAUGCUGUCAGGACCAUCCCUGCACAGCUAUCCUGGCGUUCAGGCCCCUGAGCUGGGCAAGCCUCAGUCCAAUCUGGCUUAUCAGCAACCCUCCUCCACCCAACACAUUCCCAUUCUGUUUGAGCCCCAGCUCAACCAGCCCUCGGGCAUGGGAGGGUCCCAGCUUAUCGAUACACACAUGCUGCAGGCUCGACAGGGGAUGAAUCAGCAUUCUAACAUGUACUCUGGGCAGGUACAACAGCAUGGUCAGAGUAGCUACUAUAGCAACACUCAGUCUCCCAGUUCAGCAAUGCAACAGGUCACUGUCCCUCUGCCGGGUUCUCAGUUGUCCCUGCCAAACUUUGGCUCAGGUGGAGGCCAACCUCUCUUGGCGCUGCCUCCUACUCCUCCCCAAGCUCAGCCCCCGAACAUUAACCGGCAGCCUCCAGUUUCUCAGCCGUACCGAGGCAUCAUGGGCCCCAAUCACAACAUGAUGCAGCCUCCAACUAGCAAAAUGGACAUGGAUCUGAAACUGUUUGGCAGUGGGAUGGAUGUGAAGCCUGGAACGCCUCCUGUCAGCGCCAGGAGUACAACACCCACCUCCAGUCAUUACAGAGCCAGCUCCACCUCUCCUAGCAGCCAGUCCAGUAAGAUGAACAGCAUGCUCUACCAGAAGCAGUUUCAGCCCAGCUCUGCUGGCAUGAGAAUGGCGCAGCAUUUUCCUGGGCAGUUCAACCCACAGAUUCUGUCUCAGCCCAGCAUGGUUUCUCCUCUGGUUCGUCCUCCACAUGCUAAUUCCUUUGCUGGAGGUGUUCAGCGUUCUCCCAUGGGCCCUCCAAUUUCACCCAAUGUCAGUGGUGGUCUCAUGCCUCACCCCCGACCCCAGCACCCACAGCACAGUCAGCACCCUCCCAGAGGGCCCUCUGGUCCCUCACUUGGACCCAGAGGCACGCAGGCAGCACUGAAGGCCGAACAGGACCUAAAGGCUAAGCAGCGGGCAGAGGUGCUUCAGUCAACUCAUAAAUUCUUCUCAGAGCAGCAGCAACAGCUGAAGGCCCCUCAAGUCAGUAAAACUUCACGACUCGAUCAAGGAGGAAAAGCUCCACUCGACACGUCUGCCUCAAACCAUCAGGCAGGAUGCGAGCGUCCAGAUACUGACAAGCCUCCUGUAUCCACAGCCAAGCCCAUUCGGACUGGCCCCAUUAAACCACAGGCCAUCAAACCAGAAGAAAGCAAGUAAAGGGCUUGCAACCCUCUUUAGAUGACACAAUGAAUGAAUAUAUGGAAGAGAGAAUCUACCCCCAUUCACUCAGCCACAGCCUCAUCAUCCCUGGAGGACAGUGAGGGAGGAUAAAUUGAGUAGAGGUCCACAUGGUAGAGGUUACAGACAGUAGGCACUGUCGUGAACAAGCAUAAUCCUCUUCCGCUUCUUUCCUCCUCUUUCUUGUCCCACUGCAGGUGGGGGUGUUCAAGUUGGAUUCUUCCAUCAUUUUUAAAAGCCGAUUCAAAUUGCUGCAGAGUUUGUUCCAUUAAAGAAAAUCUACUGACAGUAGAUUCUAAGAGGGUUGGAGAGGAAAAAAUGAGAUUUGCUGCUGCAUUUGCCAUUUUUAUAGUUCAUUUCAGUUUUUUAAUUUGUCUGCCCAAAUAGUGUCACAAAUACUAUAGGAGAAACCUGUUUUUGUUAACAAAAGAAUGAAUCAGAUUUUUUUUUUCUUGAUGUAAUUUAGUGAAGCACAUUUUUUUUUUUUUCCAAUCUCCCUUCAGAACUAAUCCAGAGAUUUGUGCACAUGCACUUGCUCAAUGGUUUGAUCCAUGUACUGCACGGAGUCAUGAAAUCAGAAAUGUUAUCAUUUUUGUUUUACAACAAAGGAAAUGUGAAAAGCAUUUGAUUACCUUUAAUGAUUGAUUUAUUGAUUCGUCUGCCUGAGCCUUUGCUCCUGCCUUCUGCUCUCAUCUCCUUGCCUGAGAAUUUCAGAUGUGUUGGGGUGUGUGUGUGUGUUUGUGUGUGUCGGGUGUGUGCUCGUGAAUACAACAGUGAGGGCAAAGCUUUUAGCUCGACUCUCCUGUAUAUUUAGCCAAAGGUUAAAGCAGACAGAGAUGAUGUCACAGCCUUCUAGGAUUGCUGUUGCCACGGCAGCAGUUUUGAGUGGACUUGCAGGAUUGCAUGCAUGAUGUAGGAUCACUACUUCGAUCUAUUCUAAAAUCGGAACAAGUGUCGCACACCCACACUGCUUUCACAGCCAUCCUUGUGGACAUACAAACACAAAUAUACACACUUCACUGUAUAAAGCAAACAGACCUGCUGCUAUUGACUGAUUUCAGUGCCCUUAGCUAGUGUAUACCAGAAUAGGGCUGUUGGAGGAAGAGGAGAGAGUUAAUUGAAAUGGUAGAAAACUUGGAGUGUGAACAUUGACAGUCACCAUGACAAGGAACAGGAUGGAGAACAAAAAAAAAAGAUGCCUCAAGUUCCGAAGCAUUUAGGCAGAAAGACACUUGCUGUUUUGUCUUUAACUGAUGAGAGCAAUCAGUUCUGUUUUUGUCUGCCUCCCCUCCACUGGCUGUCCUGCCCACUGUGCUCUCAUCUUGGGGUUGUGAUGACAAAGGCCCUUCAGAAUUGUACAGAAGUAUGCACCCGGGGGUCAUGAGGGACUCUUCUCACAUCUGCCCCAACUGGAGGAAGAGUCUUUCAUAGGGAGGAUGGAAGAGGGAGUGGGGGAGGGUUUUUUUUUUUUCCCUUUAUUUGUUGUACAGGGGUUUCAUCGCUGUAUUAAAAUAUGUACGUUCUUAUUUACAUUCUCUUGGUUUGGUUACAGAAACUAAUAAAAAUAAUAUACUGUU